AUGGAUGCACAGCUGCACUACUCCAGGCGACUCCUGCUACAGCUGCAGGGGCCGGCCGCGUGCCCAUCACCCGGCGCCGUUCCGGACGCUCGGCCGGUCCCGGCAGCGGCAGGCGAGCUCAACUCCGACGCGAUCCUCACCCUCGCGCUCCUCACGUGCGGCCUCGUCGCGGCGCUCACGUUCCGCGUCGUGCUCCAGUGCGCGCUCCGCGUCACGCGCGGCGCGUGCUGCGGCGGAGCCGACGACGACGACGACCCCGAGGAGCAGGAGCAGGACCAGCAGCACGCGGGCGGAGGCGCGGGGCUGGCGCAGCUGCAGGCCGCCGCGGCGGCUCCCGCCGGCGCUGGUGCAGGCGCUGCCGUGCCUGGCGUUCUCGGCGGGGCUGGAGAUGGCCGGGUCGUCGCGGUCGGAGUGCGCCAUCUGCCUCACCAAGUUCGCCCGCGGGGAGACGGUGCGCGUGCUGCCGCGCUGCAACCACGGCUUCCACGCGCGCUGCAUUGA